AUGGAAGAUUAUUUAUUUGAAGUUAUAGAUACAGUUUCUUUAGAGUUUACAAGUAGCCUUCAAGUAGAAUUCAAAACUGCAAAUGAAAGUAUAAAUUUAUUGACUAUUGAAGCAGAUAAAGCAACUGAGAAAAUGGAACCAGCUGAAACAUAUCUCAACAAUUAUGCCAAAGCUGUAGGAUUCACUUUACAUCGAAAGCGAGUAGUGACAGAUAGUAAUAGAGAAGUUCGACAACAUACAUUUAAAUGUUCAUAUUCUGGGGAAUCAGUUAGCAAUCAAGUUAUAGAUCUUUCUAGGCAGCGUGAUUUAGGAGAACAUAACCAUCAGUUGCAACCAGAUGCCACCUUAUUUGCUCCAAAAUAUAGAAAACUUUCUUCAGAAAUUUUGGAAACAAUAGAGUUUUAUGUUACAAAAGGCAAUAUGGGAUCCAAACAAAUUUUACCUCUUUUAACCACACAUUUCUCUAAUCAUAUAAUUCAUAAAUCUGACCUAUAUAAUACUGUCCAAAGGUUUAGAAGGCCAAUAAAUCAAUAUCAUGGUGAAGUACAAAAGUUUGUUGAAUGUUUGUUACAGCUAAAGAAUCAGAAUCUUGGUUGGAUUGUUCAUAUUAGAAUAGACCUAUAUGAUAAUCGGUUGUUAGGAGUGUUUUGGAUGUCACCACUGCAACAGCAAUACUUGAUCCACUAUAUCGAUAUCAUUCAAACUGAUAAUAUAUGUCAAACAAAUUGGUUCAACAUGUAUCUUACUCUUUUAGUAGUUGUUGACAAUAACAUAAGAACUUGGCUAGUAGCUCAAUCAUUAUCAGAUGACGAAACUACUGAAUCAUACGAGUGGUUUUUUGAAUGCCUUAAAAAUGCAAUACAUAAUAUAUCUCCUGCUGUUUUAUUUUCUGACACUAAACCAGCUCUUAUUAGUGCUGUUGCUUUAAAAUUACCUGAAAUGCAUCAUUUUUUAUGUGCUUUUCAUAUUCAGGAGAAUAUUUGCAAAAAUUUAAGGAGUAAACUUGGCAGAAAUUUUGAUGAAUUCUAUAAAGAAUUUUUACAUAUGCAUAAUAGUACAUUUGAAGAGGAUUUUUUUAGAAAGUGGUCACAUCUAUUAAAUAAGUAUCCUCAAGCACAAGAUUAUUUCAAUAGGGCGUUACAGGGGUGUAUAAAAUUGUGGACUCAUUGUUAUCAAUUAAAAGUUUUUAUAGCAGGUAUUCAAAGUACCCAACAUGUUGAAGUAAACCUUCAAUUAGAUUAUAAAAAUGGUUUUUUAGAGGAACAACUUGAUAGACCUCAAGUAUCUAUUGCAGCCCUCAUGAAGGAUAUUGACAUAAGUGACAUAGUUGAAAUUUGGGAGUUGAUAGUUUCAAUACAUUGGUAUCAAGAUAAUUUGCAGGAUAAAAAGUUGAAUGUUUUACAGCAGCAAAGUAUUGAGAUCUCAACGACCUUUCAACAAAAUACUUCAAGUGUUAUUGUAUCAGACCUUCAUAUUAUUAAACAAAUCCGUGAUAAUGAUAUGUUUAGUGCAAAAAGUCAACAAAUAGUUAACAAAAAAGUUCAGUAUGCUAAUGAAUUUGGUAAAAUGAAGAAGGCUCUUAAUACUGCUUUGAAUCUUGGAUAUGAAAAAGAGCUUAUUAAUUUGAUAACUAGUUUUAUUGAUCAAAAAGUAUCUAUUUAUGAAAAUUUUGUAAUAGAUCCUUUAGUUGUAAAACGUCAUGGAUGGCUACCUAGUAAAAGAUUAAAAAGCUCUUCUGAAGAUAAAAGCCAUAAAGGAUUGGAAUGUAAUUAUAGUGCAAUUAACAUUCAAGAUCCUAAUUUAAGAACACCUCUCUCAAACAUUAAUUCGAAUAUUGUGGAUACAAUUAGCAAUAUAGAAGAAAAUAAAAGAAAAUAUAUAUGCAAUAUAUGUGGUGGUACAGGACAUAACGCACAUACAU